ACCUGAACAAAGCAACCAAAAGAGUGAGGGGACAGAGCAAAAGGUGUGUGACGGGGCGACAUUAUAAAGCUCCGACAAUGGGCACAAGUGGUUUUCAAGCUGAAGAAAAGUAUUUUGUGAAUCAUCCCACGUCAACUCAUGGAGUUGGCACUGGUUCGGUAGCUGGCGGUACUUCGACAACAGUGCCCACCAACAUGAACGUGGAAUUGUGUCUGGUUUGCGGUGACAGAGCCUCGGGACGACAUUAUGGAGCCAUCAGUUGUGAGGGAUGUAAGGGAUUCUUCAAGCGAUCGAUACGCAAGCAAUUGGGCUACCAGUGUCGCGGAGCAAUGAACUGCGAGGUCACCAAGCACCAUCGUAAUCGUUGCCAGUUCUGCAGAUUGCAGAAAUGUUUGGCCAGCGGCAUGAGAACUGUACAACAUGAACGAAAGCCUAUCAUAGACAAAAAGGACCCUAUGUCAUCGGCGUCCACCAGCCAAGCUGUGCAAGGGUUAUCAGUGGCUGCGGGUGGAAGUGGCUCUGCUACAUCGACAAUGAAAUCAAAUUCUAGUCCUCAAUUCCAUCAGAGAUCGAAAUUAUCGCCCCUGUUCAAUCACAAUUUGAAUGCAGCUGCUGCGGCAUCAAAUGCAGCAGCAGCAGCGGCUUUUUCUUCAUCAGCAGCAGCUGGAAUAUUUCCAAUGGGUCUGAACUUUGCAGAACUGACUCAGACUUUAAUGCUGGCAACACAACAACAACAACAGCAGCAGCAACAAGUUCAACAGCAACAACAACAGUUAUCCAGUCAAUCCUCAACCAGUUCCAACAAGCACACAAGUUUUUCACCAGAACCAAAACAUCAACUAGAUGACAAUGACGACGAUGAAGAUGAUGCCUUCGACAACACCACCACAAUGUGCUUGCAAAAUCUCUCAAACAACAACAAUCAAAACAUUAAUUUCAACCUAGACGCCUUGACACCAAAUCCUGCAACAGUUGGCUUCAUACAAACAGCCCUAGACAAAAGGGUCAUUGAGAAAGCCUUGCAACUACUGCAGCCGAUAAAACAACAGCUAGACAAUAUGCCAACAGGUGGAAAUGGACUCUCAAUAAAAAAUGAACUCAACGAAGACGAUGAGAUGGGUGAUCAAAGUAGCAACGAAGACGACUUCAAUGACGCUAUGGAUAUGGAUGAUGGAGGAGGUGGUGGUGAAUUUAUGGCCAACGAAGCAGUAUUUGAAAAUGAGUUAAUAUCCCCCAGCUAUGCCAGCUUCAAUUUGCAGACACCAGCAUUGGUAUCCUCGUACUUUAAUGUCCACUAUGUUUGUGAAUCGGGCUCGCGUAUUAUAUUCCUUACAAUCGUAUGGCUUCGCAAAGUACCAGCUUUCAUGGAGUUGACACAACGUGCUCAGAUAACAUUACUACGAUCCGCCUGGCCGGCAUUGUUGGCAAUUAGUGUGGCCCAGGUUCAAAAUCUAUCACAGCGUACCAUCAUUAGUACCUUGAUCACCAAUGUUCGUCAAAUGGCCAACGAGAAAAUGGAGCCACAAAAGAUAAAGAAGCUAAGUGAACACAUAGCUCGUCUCAAUUCCUUCAUUCAAAAUAUCCAAUCUCUGGAGUGCAGUGAUAUGGAAUAUGCUUUACUGCGUCUAGCCUGUCUAUUCAAUGCCCACUGUUUCGUGAAACGUAAAGAUCAAAACGUACGCUCGUUUGUACAACGCGUGCAGCAGUACAGCCUCACUAGUCUAAGAAAAUUGAUAAUGUCACAGGAAAUACCCGCAUACGAAGCGGACGAACGUUUUAACAACAUCGUUCUCAACCUUAUGCCGUUGAGUGCCUUAGAGUCGGAAGCAGUCGAAGAGUUGUUCUUUUCAAAUUUGGUGGGCCAAGUGCAAAUUGACAAUAUGCUUCCGUAUAUCUUAACGUUGAGUAACAGUAUAGGAAGUUUGAACUGUUAAACAAACUUGCGUUUUUUCUUU